AUGUCUGAUCUCUCGCUGCUGCUGCUCGACUGCCGCCCCCACGAGCUCUUCGAGUCCUCGCACAUCGAGACGGCCAUCAACCUGGCCAUCCCGGGCCUCAUGCUGCGCCGCCUGAAGAAGGGCAACCUGCCCUUCCCCUCCAUCAUCCCCAACCACGAGGACAAGGAGCGCUUCGCCAAGCGCUGCAAGGCGGACACCGUGCUGCUCUACGACGAGGCCACGGCCGAGUGGCAGCAGGACAACGGCGCCCCCAGCUCCGUCCUGGGGCUGCUGCUGCAGAAGCUGCGGGACGACGGGUGCAAGGCGUAUUACCUAAAAGGCGGCUUCAACAAAUUUCAGACUGAAUAUUCUGAGCAUUGUGAGACCAACCUUGACAGCUCCUCACCCAGCAACUCUCCGCCUGCAUCUGUCCUCGGCCUUGGAGGACUAAGGAUCAGCUCCGAUUGCUCCGAUGGCGAGUCUGACAGGGAGCCAAGCAGCGCCACGGAGUCUGACGGGAGCCCAAUCCCUAACAACCAGCCUGCCUUCCCUGUCCAGAUCCUACCCUACUUGUAUCUGGGUUGUGCCAAAGAUUCUACCAACUUAGAUGUCUUGGGCAAAUACGGCAUCAAGUACAUCCUGAAUGUGACUCCCAACCUGCCAAACAUGUUCGAGCACAAUGGAGAGUUUAAAUACAAGCAGAUUCCCAUCUCUGAUCACUGGAGUCAGAAUCUCUCGCAGUUCUUUCCUGAGGCCAUUGCUUUCAUCGAUGAGGCCCGUACCAAGAAAUGUGGUAUCCUGGUUCACUGCCUCGCUGGCAUCAGCAGGUCUGUCACCGUCACGGUUGCCUACCUGAUGCAAAAAAUGAACUUGUCCCUGAAUGACGCCUAUGACUUUGUGAAGAGGAAAAAGUCAAAUAUUUCCCCAAACUUUAACUUCAUGGGCCAGCUCCUGGACUUUGAGAGGACUCUGGGGCUGAACAGCCCAUGUGACAACCGCUCCCCCAGCGAGCAGCUGUACUUCACCACCCCCACCAAUCACAACCUGUUCCAGCUGAACACCUUGGAGUCCACAUGAAGGGGGUUUUGUUCGGUGGGGAACGCGAGCCUUGAAUAGCUUCUCUUGAGCAUUUCAAAUCUUAAAAAUAUGUAUCUUGCCAGGCAGCCUUGAAAGAACUAGUUUCUCCAAGGAAGAGGUGCCUGAUUGCUGCUUUAAAAAGGCGAAGGCCGUUUAUUAGUAUCCUGAUGCUAAUCAAAGUGGAUCAAAGAGUAGUCUCUUUACAGGGGUUAUUUAACAGGGGGGAUCUCGUGGUGUUCAGAGCGCAGCUGUGAUCGGCAAUAACUGCUUUCCUGGGUGCGUUGAGACUGGCACGCUCACGUAAACACGCGCAAAGCUACCGUCGUGGUAGUGUGCUCUGGAAAGUAGAGAAGACUUACGCACUUGGCAACCUUCAACGAAAGGUGUUGGCCCAAGACUGUUUUAAAAUCCACAUGUACUUCUUUUUUAAGGUAACCUUACUCCGAGUCUUGGGCUGCCACUGGUUUUAAAUAUGUACGUUCCUGACUGUCUGUACAGACAAGGUUGCAAAACCAGUAUUUUAUUCUGUCCUUGUUUGAUCUUUUUUUAAAAAAAAAAAAAUCAAAUGUUUAUAUUGACCAAAUGCAUUUUGCACACUUUGUGAAGCCUUGAGACAUCCUGGCACGUGACUGGGUACACCGGAGAGAGGCACCUGCUGCUGCACUUGCUAGCAUCUGGUAGGAAGCUCUGUUGUCUGUAAAGGCCGGUUGGUCUGAACCUCUCUGCCACUUCCACACUCACAAUCACAAACUGCACUGAAUCAGCCAAGGUGACUACAUUUUUUUUUUUUUUUUUUUUUAAAUCCUCCCCCACCACCACCAAAAAAACACUGUCUGUUGCCAGAGGUAAACCUGGUGUCAUCUCCAGUGUUGGUAGAAGCAUGUUCAAGGCUAGCUCUUGUUCUCUGCCGUAGGUUGAGCAAUGAUUCAUGUCAGCCAGCUGGCUUAAAGUCAUCCCAGCUUCCGAAGGAAGGCAAGUCCUUGUGAUGUUGGCACUUACCUCACACACUUAAUUUUUUGUGUGUGUGGGUGGGGUGGGGUGGGGAUGGAGUGCUACUGGUACGCCAAAGGCCUGGAGCAGAACAGAGCUUUUCCGGCAUGACGCUACGGCGGGGGCAUGCGCAAACCGUGGAAAUGUGUGAAAUAAGGAUGGGAGCGUUGAAAAAAACUGGCGAAUGAUGAGACUUUCGGAGCGCUGGACAAAGGUUCUGAUGGGUUUCCUUUUUUUCCCAAUAACUUUUUGCCGUGCCUUCUAGAGGGAGAAGACUUGUUGGUGUUUCUGGCUGAUGUUUGGCGAAGGCCUCGCACGCUGAAGAAGUGGUACUAACGUCUGGGAGGCAGGCAGAACGGAUGUGGAGGUUUCUUUUAUAUUGGCUGCAAUGUAGUCUUUCCCUCCUCCUCACCACCUCCUCCUCCACUAGAAUGCUCAAGUAACUUUAAAAAAAAGAAAGAGAAAGCCACGGAAUUUUUUCUAAAUAUCCAGGUUUUUGUACUUUUUUCAAAAAAAAAAAAAAAAAAAAUCCUCCAUGUGGAGGAAUGUUCAAUGCUGUCACAUCAUGAUUUCUUUUUUUUUUUGUUAAAGAUCUUACCAGAAUGUUGGAAUGAUUUUUUUUUGGGUUGGUUGUUUUUUGUUUGUUUUUUGUAACCAUUUUGGGAUCGUGGGUCAUCAGGGAAGGGAGAAUGGAUGUAAGUGUGGCUAUGAGUGAGCGAGCAAACUGAGAAUAUCCUAAUUGCGUUUUACCUCAUGGAGGAACUUUUUUUUUUUUUUUUUUUCUUUUCAGGGAUCUUAGACAGUGCAUCUGCAUUGCAUUACAGCUAAGCUGGCUUAUAAAGGCUUCCUGUUCUGUAAGUGGUCUGUCUUCUUUAAAGGAAAAAAAAAAGACAUCCUCUGAUUAAUAGAAACGAGAGCUUGUUAGUGAGGGAUGGUUCUUUUGCUUUCUGAGCUAUGAAGGUAAAUUAAUGACCCUAUAUAUACUGAACCAAUAUUGGGACUUUUGUUUAUAUUGCAAAUAAAUAUUAUUUUUUCUUUAAAAA